AACUGCAAGGCAGCUGAGCUUGGUCUGUAUAUGUAAGAAGGGUGACCAUAGACAAAAGCACAAACACAGAGAACUGUGGUAUGUCAUACAAAGAUGAGGAUGUUAAAGAGUCUUUCACCAUGUUAUCGUCUUUUACAUCACUACCAUUAUCUUACCUUAACUAAGACCCACCAUCACCACCACCUCCUUUCUCUAUCCAAUCACCUACCUCCACCUGGCUAACCAUCAUACCCGUACCCGUUAACCCUCCAAAAAUCCAAUCCUUAACCACUUUUGCAGAUACCCUCUUCCCUAUCUCUCUUGAUGGUUGUUUUAAGACGGUGAUUCAAGGGUUUUCAGGCAUUGUGGUCGCGACCCAGAUAGAUAACAGCAGAACUAGGCUUCUGCCUCCUUACUUUUAUGGAGGGUUUUGGGUUUAGUGAUGCAAGCAGUGCUGUCAGGAAGAAGAGGAGUAAUACAUCCCGUCGACCUCGGAAUGAAUCGCAUGCGCCUUCAGGUUACAUUGAUGUUACAUCCUUAUCAUCCACACCACCUUCAGAAACUGUAAGCAAAGUGUCAAGUGAUGAAAAUAAUGAUCAUGGUUCAAUUUUGCGAAAGAAAAAAGUCAGUUUGAUUCUAUGCAAUUCAAGAGCUUCAUCUUCUAACCUUGAUGACUGUGAAUCUGCCCAGCAUAUGAUGAAGAAUGAAGAUGGAGGAUUUGGAGAAUUCGAUGAAGCUUCCAAUAAUGGUUCUUUUCGAGGAAGUAGUGAGCGAAGGCACAGUGGAGUUGAUUCUAGAAGGUUGAACCAAGGUGUCCUUGCCCCAGCUAAUUGGAAAAGCACAAGUAGUAGCUUGGGCCAUGUUGGAGGUUUUUCAGAUGGAGUAGGAAAUGAAAGUAAAGUGAAAAAAGUUAAGCUAAAAGUUGGUGGUAUCACACGUACUAUUACUGCAAAGUCUGCAUCUGAUGGCGCAUCUGCCUUUGCUGUUGGGUCUUCUUCUUCAAAAUCUUCUCGCUUCCCAGAUCCCCGGCAGAAGACAGUUGAGGAGAAUUUGGACAACAGCCAUUCCUUUACUUCAGGUAAGGGAAGGGGUUUGCAAGGAGUCCCAAGGAAGGAUUUCUCUAGAAGUGGUCUAAAUGAUGGGAAAGCAGAUGGUAUGAGAGGUGAGAAUCUGUCUUCAAAGCAAACUGAUCAGUCUGAGCCAGUUCGUAAGAGUAAGCGGCUCCCUAAGAAACGCCUAUUAGAUGGAGUUCUUGACGAUGGAGCUGAGGAUGAUGAUGAGAUUCAGUUCCUUGAAAAAGUCAAGACAUCGAAGAUCAGCACUAAUCAUGGUGCAGGGUUUGAAGAUGAAGAGGGAGGAAGCAGGAAACAGCGGAAGAUAUUGAGAGUAUUGAAGAGAAAUGUUGAUGGUCUGAAUGAUGUAGAUGCUGGAGUUCAUGGCUCAACUAGGUUUGGCAAGGAGGGUAAGAAAUCUAAAUCAGGGAGAGUAUCUGAUGAUACUGAUUAUGUGGAAGAUGAAGAUCUGGACUCGGAUGGUGACCCUACAUUGAAGAGGAAGAAGCCAAGAAAAGAGUUAGCUGAUCUAUCAGCAGACUCUAAGAAGGAAAUGACAGUCACUACCCGUCAACGAGCACUUCAAACUGGCAAAGAUGUCUCCUCUGGUCUUGCUAGUUUGAUAGAGUUCCCAAAUGGGUUACCUCCAGCUCCUCCUAAAAAGCAAAAGGAGAAACUCUCUGAAGUAGAGCAGCAAUUGAAGAGAGCCGAGGCUCUUCAAAGACGUAGGAUGCAAGUUGAAAAGGCAAAUAGGGAAUCUGAGGCGGAGGCAAUAAGAAAAAUACUGGGCCAAGAUUCCACUAGGAAGAAGCGUGAAGAUAAACUGAAGAAACGACAAGAAGAAAUGGCACAGGAGAAAGCUACAAACGCCAUGGUACUUGCAUCAGACCAUGUUAGGUGGGUCAUAGGUCCAGCAGGAACAACUGUAACAUUCCCAACUGAAAUGGGCUUGCCAAGUAUAUUCGACUCCAAGCCUUGCAGUUACCCUCCUCCCCGGGAGAAAUGUGCUGCUCCAUCUUGUACAAAUCCAUACAAGUAUCGGGAUUCCAAGUCAAAACUACCCCUUUGUAGUCUCCAUUGCUACAAGACGAUUCAUGAGAAGAUGCAACCUCUUACUGCAUGUUAGGAUCAAGAUCCACCUGCAUGCAACUACUAGUAUAGGAACUUAACAAGUACAUGCAUUCCUGCACCAUUAUAUGCAGUCUCUAGUAAGAGUUGGGGUCGAUGGCAUGGGUAAAGCGAUUAUCAUCAUCAUAUCACCACAUCACCCUAGCGGAUUGGACCAUGGAGAAAUUGUUGCUAUAGUCACAUAUAAUUGUAAUAUUUUGCAAUGUUCUCUAUCUAUAUAACAUUUUAGUUUUCAUGGAAUUGUUUUAUCCAUCAUGGGAAUAGUUUUCAUAUAAUUGGAUUCCUGUUUCUUUUUUUUUCCUUCUCUUUUUUAAUGAUAUCAAUCAUUGUUGAUGAAGAGAUCUUGUAUAAACACUUAUUACAUCACAAAGAUUCUAUCUAGAUCCUAAGAGCAUGCUUGGUUGUC